GGCCAACGAGAGCAGAUCCAGUGACUCACCUCCGCCGAGCUAACUCUGCUCGCUCUCUACUCGCACACGCUUACACCCGGCUCGAGAUGGCGGCGGCAGCGGCGGGGCACUGCGACUCCUGGGACGCGGACACGUUCUACGUGGCAGACCCGGUGCGGAAGGUGGGGGGCGGCGGCACCGCUGGCGGGGACCGCUGGGAAGGCGAGGACGAGGACGUCAAGGAUAACUGGGAUGAUGAUGAUGAAAAAAAAGAAGCAGAAGUAAAACCAGUAGUAAAAAUUUCAGAAAAGAAAAAAACAGCAGAAAAGGUAAAAGGGAAAGAACGGCAGCAGAAGAAAAGGCAAAAAGAAAUUAAAAAGAGGUUAGAAGAACCUAAAGUGCUAACACCAGACGAACAAUUAGCAGAUAAACUGCGGCUAAAGAAAUUACAGGAAGAGUCAGAGCUCGAAUUGGCGAAAGAUACUUUUGGUGUUGAUAAUACAGUUUAUGGAAUAGAUGCUAUGAACCCAUCUUCAAGGGAUGACUUCACAGAGUUUGGAAAGUUACUAAAAGAUAAAAUUACACAAUAUGAAAAAUCGCUAUAUUAUGCCAGUUUUUUGGAAGCCUUAGUUCGAGAUGUGUGUAUUUCAUUGGAAAUUGAUGACUUGAAAAAGAUUACCAAUUCAUUGACUGCACUUAGCAGUGAAAAACAGAAUCAAGAAAAGCAAAGCAAAGGCAAAAAGAAGAAAGGUGUGGUUCCCGGAGGGGGAUUAAAGGCUACCAUGAAAGAUGAUCUGGCAGAUUAUGGUGGUAAUGAUGGAGGAUAUGUACAAGAUUAUGUACAAGAUUAUGAAGACUUCAUGUGA